AGCUUCUCCUGAGCGGGCGGCAGGUCUGUUUCCUCUGGCUCCCUUCCUCCUGCAGGUGGUCAGGCAGACCCCCCACUCCUUGGGGGCUGCUGGUGUGGCCAAGGGCAGGGCCACCCUGGCUCGGGCAGGAAUACACCCUUGCGUCAGGUAGCUUCCAGAAGUCUCCAAGAUGGCAGCUUGCAUGCAGGGGUUUCCCGGGGAGUGCUCUUGGGAGCCCCACCCAUAACGGGGCUGGCAAAGCGGAAUGGGCCAAGGGAGCAGCUUCUGUGCCCGUGGGGUGCUCUGUGCAGAGAAGAUGCGCAGCUGACCCCACCGGGUUACCCCGGACACACUGCCUCUGAUGCACGCAUCACUUGUUGAAGGCAAGUCUGGAGGGGCCUUGGGCUGUGAACUCUGGCAGUGUGUGCCUUGGUCAUGACGGGGAGUCCCCAGCAGCACCCCACGGCAUCCACUACAGCCUGCCACCUUGUCAGGCUGGGUGCCUGGACCCCUGAGCUGCAGCUCCCCGAGGCUGCGGGGGUGGGUCUCCGGGUUCUCCAGCCCUGAACGGGGCAGGCUUCCUGUCCGGGGUCUCCCCAGCCGGUGCCAAUGAUGGAUGCGCACAGGUUGGGGGCACCACCUGGCCAAAACGGACCUCCUGGAAGCUGCACGCAGGCCCUCCUCCACCCCGUGUAAGAGGCCAGUCUCUGCAGGCUACAAGCGCCCUCGCUCCUGGCCCUGAGCUCCAGGCGGCUGCAGAGGCGGCCCAGGGCUGUGGUCAGGAAGUAACGUUGUGCAGGAUGUCACGAAGAGCGUGCAGACACGGAGAGAGCCAGGCACACAGGGACCGGAGAAGGGGUUCCUGAGAAGUGGCGCCCCCCUGCCAGACGCCCUCAGACACGUGACCACACCCACUCACAGAGCACAAAGGCGGUGAUCACAGCCUUGGGGUCAGCGUGCAGCCUGAGCAGUCCGGCCGUGCGGAGAGCGGCCCAGCCCAGCUCCCUGAGGCCCCAGCCAUCCCAGACUGGUGAAGCUGGUCACCCCCGCGUGGCUGGAGCCCCCACUGGCUCCCCGCCGCCUGUCAGGCCGUGCGCCCUGAUGGCCUCCGGGAACAGCCUUCACGGCUGCGUAGCCGCCCCGGGCGGGCGCGUCCUCUCCCAGGUUACCAGGGUCUCCAUCUGCUUCAUCUUGGCGCUGGGGCUGCCGCUCAACGGCCUCGGGCUCUGGGUGUUCUGCUGCCGCCUGCGCAGGUGGACGGAGACCCGCAUCUACAUGGUAAACCUGGUGGCGGCCGACUUCCUGCUGCUGCUGAGCCUGCCCGGAGUCCUGCACACGCUGGGCCAGGAGCAGGGGGACCAGGAGGGCCCUCUGUGCAGGGUUCUGCAGAGCUUCUACUAUGUCAACACCUACAUGAGCAUGUGCCUCAUCACGGCCGUCGCUGUUGACCGCUACACCGCCCUGUGCUUUCCCCUGCGGGUCCGGGCCUGGCGUAGCCCCCGCCAGGCCGCCUUCACCUGCCUGGCCCUCUGGCUGCUGGUCUUUGGGGCUGUGGCCCUGGUAGCGUCCUUGCUGCCUGCAGACGAGAACUUCUGCUUCGGGCAGGGACAUAACCGGGCCAUCAAGAUGCUUGUCUUCUCCCUGCUGUUCUUCUUCCUCUCACUGCUCAUCCUCAGCUUCUGCUCGGGGCAGGUGCUCUGGCACCUGCUCCGCAAACACACGCGGGCACCGCCCGAGGAGGCCGGCCGCAUCCUCAAAGCCCUCCGGGUAGUGGCCACCAACCUGGCCACCUUUGUGCUCUGUUUCCUCCCACUGCACGUGGCCUUGAUGGCCAAGCUUGUGGCCAGUUGGACAAGUGCAGCCUGCCCCACCGUCCAGAGCAUCACUGACUUCGUGCAGGUGGCCGCCCGCAUGGCCAACGCCAACUGCUGCCUGGAUGCCAUCAGCUACUAUUUUGUGGCCACAGAAUUCCAGGAAGAGGUGGGGGCCAUCCUCAGAAUGCCCUGGCCUUUCCAGGGAUGGAUGCGGGGCGCUCCUGCAGGUGACCACCCGGACCUGGCCGUCCGCGGGGGGCGGGGGGCAGCUGAGGAGAGCAAUGCAGGAGGGGCCCCCCACACGACCCUGCAGCAGGCAGCUCAGGGCCCCCCGGGUCCCCCACAAGGCAACUCUUUCCCCUCCUCCAUGGCAUCCAGAAGAAGUAGCCUCCCUGCUCACAGUGUGCCUUUGGAUGCAUGAGUCCUGGAGACGGGGCUGUUGCUCAGCAAGGAGAAUUCAAGCAAUGAAUUAAAGGAUCACCACCAGAUCUUUCUUCUCCCAGCUCUGCCGGCUUAGCCCCUUGGGCUGCUUCCUUCGCAGUGUGCGCCCCCUUCCCCAACCCCAGCCCUCAAGCUCCAGGAUGCAGGGUGACCCUGACCUAUGCCAGGCUGACCUCCAACCUCUAUGCUCCACCCCUGCAGGUGCUCAGGAAGGGAAGGACCCUCUGAGUACCCAGGUAGCACUCCUUGGCAAGUACUGAGGAGGGUGUUAAAAAAAACCACAUUUUUCUGUGUCACCUAUAGAUUAUGAUUAGACACCAAAAUCUAUCAAAGUUCCAAGGUCUCUCUUCAGGCCUGUAACACCACUGCAGAUAGAACCCCCUAGAUCCCAGGGCUGAGGGACGCCAGGCUCUAAGUGAAGGGAUGUUUACAGAGACACAGCAGCUAAUUAAGUUUAAAGACAUUCCUUUGUAAAAAAAUGUUCAGUUGUGUUCCUGAAGAGCAUCAAAGAGGUCCAGUCCUUACCUUUGGGGUGCUCCUUGGGGCCCCUUGUCCCUCCACACACUUCAUACCUCUCAGCACCACUGGCAGCCCCCAUCUUCCCACUCUGGGCCAGGCCCAUGGACACCCGCAGGCUGCGCUGAGGGGCCUGAUGGCUCCUCUGUUAGCGGGGGACAGGGGGGGCUCUCCCCACAACACUGUGGCCGUCAGUAUGUGUCCACCAGGCUGGGGCCCGAGGGCACAGCUGGGAAUGGAGUUUCAGGAUCAGCACAAACACCUCCACUGAGAAGCGGAGGCAGGAGACAACCCUGAGGGGCUCAUGCUGGAGACUGGGGUCCCCAGACGGGGCCUGAGGAAGCAGAAGGAGGUGCUCCCAAGAGCCUCAGGUGACUAGAGGGAGAAUGGGAGACUC